AUGGUUCACGAUGACCGAAUCCUCUGUGCCAAAAACCUCGUCAAGAAGGAUUUUUUCCGCCUCCCUGAUCCUUUUGCCAAGGUGGUUGUGGAUGGUUCGGGGCAAUGCCACUCAACAGAUACUGUGAGAAACACACUUGACCCAAAGUGGAACCAACACUAUGAUCUAUACAUUGGAAAAUCAGAUUCUAUCACUAUCAGUGUGUGGAACCACAAGAAGAUACAUAAGAAACAAGGGGCUGGCUUCCUGGGAUGUGUUCGCCUUUUGUCCAAUGCUAUCAACCGCCUUAAAGACACGGGAUACCAGAGGCUAGACUUGAAUAAGCUGAGUCCAAAUGAUAGUGACACAGUCAGAGGCCAGAUAGUGGUAAGCUUACAGUCCAGGGACCGGAUAGGCACAGGAGGCCCAGUUGUAGACUGCAGUCGACUUUUUGACAAUGAUCUUCCAGAUGGCUGGGAGGAGAGGAGAACUGCAUCUGGACGUAUCCAAUACUUGAACCACAUCACACGGACCACACAGUGGGAGCGGCCGACCAGACCUGCAUCAGAGUACUCCAGUCCUGGGCGGCCACUUAGCUGCAUUGUGGAUGAAAACACUCCAAUUAGCACGAACGGUGCCACGCCUACUACGCCAUCGCAGCCAAAUGACUGUGACCAGCGGGCCCAGGAGAGGCGUGUUCGUUCCCAGAGGCACCGCAACUACAUGAGCAGAACACACCUGCAUACACCUCCAGACCUUCCAGAGGGCUAUGAACAGAGGACCACGCAGCAAGGCCAAGUGUACUUCCUUCACACUCAGACAGGUGUCAGCACAUGGCACGACCCCAGAGUACCCAGAGAUCUUAGUAAUGUGAACUGUGAGGAACUGGGUCCACUCCCUCCUGGAUGGGAGAUACGGAACACUGCCACAGGAAGAGUUUACUUUGUGGACCACAACAACAGAACCACGCAAUUCACUGAUCCACGUCUCUCUGCCAACCUGCAUCGAGUCCUUAAUCCAAGCCCAAAUGGCUCACGAGGAGGCAUUGAAAGUCAGAAUGUGAGUCGGCAGAACCAGCUAAAGGAUCAGGUCCAGCAGGCUCUGGUAUCCACAGGUCAGCUCCCAGAAGAGGCGGAGUGUCUCACAGUACCCAAGUACAAGAGAGACCUAGUCCAGAAACUCAAGAUCCUCAGACAGGAACUGUCUCAGCAGCAACCACAGGCUGGGCAUUGUCGCAUCGAAGUGUCCCGUGAAGAAAUAUUUGAGGAAUCCUAUAGACAAGUGAUGAAGAUGAGGCCUAAGGACCUGUGGAAAAGGCUAAUGGUAAAAUUUCGGGGUGAAGAAGGACUUGACUAUGGAGGAGUGGCCAGGGAGUGGCUCUAUCUCCUAUCACAUGAGAUGUUGAACCCGUACUAUGGCCUGUUUCAGUACUCGCGUGAUGACAUCUACACUCUACAGAUUAACCCGGACUCUGCAGUCAACCCUGAGCACUUGUCGUACUUCCACUUUGUGGGCCGUAUCAUGGGGAUGGCAGUGUUUCAUGGCCACUACAUUGAUGGAGGCUUUACCUUACCCUUCUACAAACAGCUACUAGGUAAACCUAUUACGCUGGAUGACAUGGAGUCUGUAGACCCGGACCUGCACAACAGUCUUGUCUGGAUCCUGGACAAUGAUAUCACAGGAGUGUUGGACCACACCUUCUGUGUAGAACACAAUGCCUACGGAGAGAUCAUCCAACAUGAGCUCAAGCCCAAUGGAAAGAGCAUCCCUGUCACGCAGGACACCAAAAAAGAAUAUGUCCGCCUGUACGUCAACUGGCGCUUUCUGCGAGGCAUCGAAGCUCAGUUUCUUGCGCUGCAGAAAGGUUUUAAUGAAGUCAUCCCCCAGCACCUAUUAAAGGCCUUUGAUGAGAAAGAGCUAGAGCUGAUCGUAUGUGGUCUAGGUAAAAUUGACAUCAAUGACUGGAAGUCCAAUACGAGGCUCAAACAUUGCACCCCAGACAGUAACAUUGUAAAGUGGUUCUGGAAAGCUGUGGAGUCCUUCGAUGAGGAGCGAAGAGCCCGUCUACUACAGUUUGUCACAGGUUCUUCCAGGGUUCCUCUGCAGGGCUUCAAGGCCCUCCAAGGUGCUGCUGGCCCUCGGCUAUUCACUAUCCACCAAAUUGAUGCCAACGCCAACAAUCUCCCCAAAGCCCAUACUUGUUUCAACCGGAUCGACAUUCCCCCCUAUGAAAGUUAUGACAAACUAUAUGACAAGUUACUCACUGCCAUUGAGGAGACAUGUGGCUUUGCUGUGGAGUGA